UUCCGGUGUUAUCAUCACCAACGUUACACACUAAUGUAGACAGUCGGUGUCAACGUACGCCUAAAUAUUUACCAGCAGCGUCGGCUGAAUCGCCCAAGUGUUCACGGUAUGUCUUUUAUUGUACAGCAGACAGAGGCGGAAUGUCGCUGACAGAUGACGUAACGCGAAAACGGCAGUGAUUGAUCCACAGUGCUCGGCUACCGCUGCUGGUGCAGCUUAGCUAUGAUGCUAACGACAGAUAACAGCAAGACGGCCCCAAGCAACCAGAUGAGAUGAACGCGUGUUUCUGUUUUGUUGUUGUUGUGUUGCUUACACCUGCAUAGUAUGUCUCCGUCUGAGCCUCAACAAUGUUGUUCCUCUGGUCCACAGCGCAACGGGAGAGACGGAGUCCUAAUGGUGACGGCAUGAAGAUCAAAUCUGUCAAGGAGAAGUGUUUGCUGAACAGAGCAAAGAGGGGAGAGACGCCACCUGAUGUGGACGGGGUUAAAGCUGAACAUAUGCUGGAGCCGGAGGAGGAGGAGGAUGAUGAUGAAGAGGAGGAGGAGGGCUCUGGUGAAGCCUACACCAAUGGAGGUGGUCUCAACAUCCAGAUCAAGGAGGAACCAUUUUCACUGGAGAUCAGCGAGGAGCACGAUGGAGACUCGUCCGGCGGUGUAGACACUAAGCCGGACGUGGUCGCACUCGGGUUAGAUGGUGACCACCGACAAGGAGACUUAAAGGAGGAGGGCGACUCAGAAUUCACUGAAGCUGUUGUCAAGGAGGAGUCUGAGUCAUGGCUUAAAGAAGAGCGAGACGAUGAGCAGGAGGCAGCAGACGACAUCCAGGGAGAUUAUGGAGAGGGAAAGGAGGAGGUCUGCACAGAGUCAUCAUCUGACUUCUAUCCAUGUCCGCACUGCACUGUCUCCUUUACUGACUUGGACUUCCUGGAGAAGCAUGUCAAGUGGGUCCAUCAGAAACAGUAUCUUGCCAAGCUGAAGAAAUGCCUCUCAAGCCGCACACUAAACCUGACCCCUAAGCACGCCUGCACUGUCUGCAGCAGCACCUUUAAAUCUAAAGUACACCUUAGGCUCCAUGUCCGAGAAGCCCACCCGUCUGCCCCUCCCCGCAGACUUCACCCCUGUCCAACCUGUGCUCGCAGCUUCCAGUACCUGAAGAAUCUGAAGAAUCACUGUCAGCGCUGGCACAGCAUGUCUGUGGUCACCAGGGGGGGGCACCUCAGCUGCGCCGACUGUGGGAAGAGUUUCAAAGCUACCUGGGGCCAAGGGCCGCAUUUGUGUCAUGAACCGCAUAAUACGGAAUCUGAGGAUACGCCGAUCUGCUUUGACGUUGGUGUGCAGUGUCCAGAAUGUGGCAAAAAGAUGGCCACGCCCCAAAGCCUGGAAGAUCACAUGCGCACUCAUACGGGCGACAGGCCGUUUGUCUGCAAGGACUGUGGCAGGAAGUUCGUGGAGCGCAGCGGUUGGCGUCAGCACAUGAAAAUACACACGGGGGAGAAGCCGUACAAAUGUCAGGUGUGCGGCAAGGCCUUUUUAAGAUCGCACCACCUCAAGUGCCACUUAACCACACACUCUGGCAAGAAGGAAUAUUCUUGCUCUCAAUGUGGAAAGGAGUUUGGAUUCAAGUCCAGUCUGGAUCUCCACCUGAGGACGCACUCCAGUGAGAAACCCUUCCACUGCGAUGUGUGCGGGAAGAACUUUAACACCCAGAGAAACCUGAGGGUUCACACCAAACUCCACACCAAAGACAAAGCUCACCAGUGCGGGGACUGCGGGCUGAAGAUGGGAGAUUUCGGGGCUUUGAAAAUACACCUGCGGACACACACCGGGGAGAGGCCUUACCACUGCACGGUCUGCGGCAAUAGGUUCAUUCGCCUCGCUCAUCUGCGAAACCACCAACGCACCCACACCGGGGAGAGACCCUACAAAUGCACCGAAUGCGACAAGAGUUUCACUCAGUCCGGCGACCUGGUGAAGCAUAAGAGGAUACACUCUGGGGAAAAGCCCUACGAAUGCCCGGACUGCCACAACCGCUUCACCUCCUCUGGGGAUCUGGGCAAGCACCGGAGGAGUCACACUAACCUGCGACCCUACACGUGUCAAGAAUGUGGAAAAAGCUUUCGUUUGUCAGGCCAUUUGAAGACGCACAUGUUGACUCACACGGGGGAGAAACCGUAUUCCUGCCCCAACUGCCUCCGCAGGUUCGCCCGCUCUCACCACCUUUCUGGCCACGUGGCUAAAUGUCGCUGAGCUUUCACGAGAGACCUGUAAAUGUGCUGCGGUAUCUACGGGAGGUGGAUACAGCCUUCUGCUAGGGGUUUAAUGAAUGUGCUAAAGUAAAAAAAAUCAGUCUAUAUAUGAAUAUUUAUAUGAACUUUCUGUAACACUCUUGAUUUUAUGUUUGCUAUCGCAUGGAACGUUUUUUUAAAACACUAUCCCAGCUUUGUAUGAUUUUAUUUAGUUGUGCAUGGCCGUACUAAACUGGUUUCUGCUAGACACUGUUGUAACGGAGCCCUGUGGACACGGUAUGAGGCAUGUGGGGAAUGCAGAUCGUGGAUUGUAUUGUCCUCCCCACAGAAAAGAUCACUGGUGUAGAAUUUGUAAAAAUGUAAUAAGUUAUUUGAUGAAUGCAUGAACAGUGUGUGUGGUGCUAGUGUACUUCCUGUUACCAGAAUACAAAUGGCCAUAUUUCAGAAACUGAAAACUGGAAAAUUGGCUUGUAAAAAAUGCUUUAACCCUUGUGUUGCCUUCGGGUCAAUUUGACCCGAUUCAAUGUUUAACCCUCCUGUUACCUUUAUAUUUACUGACAUAUUUUACCCUUGAGGUCAAUAUGACCCCAGCUAUUAAAAUCUCCAGAAAAUUAUUAGAAUUAAUAUUGUUUUCCAAGUUUAAGUGUGAGGUACUUUAUGUUUGUUUGUUGACUCCCGAAAGAACACCGACAUUAACAUUGAAUCGCGUCAAAUUGACCCGAAGGCGACAGGAGGGAUAUUGAAUUUGGAUUCAAAAUGACCCGAAGGCAACACAAGGGUUAAAAGAAUAACAGAUGACUUACUUUAAUCUGUGUUUUUGACAGAUCUGGUGCAGCGCUUUGAAGUAGGAUUAAAACAGUAAUCUUUGUAUCACUGAAGAGUUUUGUGUUGUAAUGGGGAACACGUUUUUUUGAUGAUAUUUCUUUAUCAAAUGCUGAAUUGUGAUGUCCCCCUCCCCUUUACAUUAAACAUGAAUGAAGCCCUUA